AUGUGGCUGGUCCAAACAGCUGUUUAUUUAAUGCACAUCAGUGAUAUGUCUGAAGCCAACCCUGAGGUGUCCAUGGAUGUUGGUGAAAUUGUCCACUACCAUGGGUACCCUUAUGAAGAGCAUGAAGUGCUGACAGAUGAUGGCUAUUACCUCACCAUGCAGAGGAUUCCUCAUGGCAGAGACAACCCAGGAAAAAUAAGCACCUCCCACACAGCAGAAGCACAGGGCUCCAGCAUGUUCUGUCCCUCCCCGAGGUCGGUAGUGCUCUUGCAGCAUGGCCUGGUGCUGGAAGGAAGCAACUGGGUUACCAACUUACCCAAUGGCAGUCUGGGCUUCAUCCUCGCCGAUGCUGGCUAUGAUGUCUGGAUUGGAAACAGCAGGGGGAACAGCUGGUCACGGAAGCACAAGCAGCUGGAGUUCCACCACCAAGAGUACUCAGCUUACAGCUUUCACGAGAUGGCCAUGUAUGACCUUCCAGCAACAAUCAACUAUAUUCUGAGGAAGACUGGACAGGAGCAAUUACACUAUGUGGCUUACUCUCAAGGCACCACCACAGGUUUCAUCGCCUUUUCAUUCAUUCCUGAGCUGGAUCAUAAAAUCAAGAUGUUUUUUGCCUUGGCUCCUAUCACCAUAAACUCAAAUAUAAAGUCACCCUUGAUAAGGGUGUUUGACCAUCCUGAAGGGCUGAUUAAGAGCCGCAUCGAUGUCUACUUGUCCCACUACCCUGACACGACAUCUCUAAAGAACAUUUUGCACUGGCGCCAGCUCUAUCAAACAGGAGAAUUCAAAUACUAUGAUUAUGGCAGUGACAACAUGCUUCAUUACAACCAGACCACACCUCCCUUCUAUGAGCUGGAAAAGAUGAAAGCCCCACUUGCUGCAUGGUAUGGUGGCUGGGACUGGAUUUCAGCCCCUGAAGAUGUGGACACCACACUGCCUCGCAUAACAAACCUGGCAUACAAAAAGUGCAUCCCAGAAUUUGUCCACUUUGAUUUCCUCUGGGGGUGCAAGCCUACCAACAAGUAUACAAAGAAAUGCUUGAACUGAUGGAG